ACUGUCGUCUCGCUCUUUCUCACUUACCAUUUCUCUCACACACAGCUCUCCCGAUCGUCGGAAAUGGCUUUCGAUAAGAUCAAGGUUACAAACCCCAUCGUUGAGAUGGACGGAGACGAAAUGACUCGCAUCUUUUGGCAAUCGAUAAAAGAUAAGCUCAUCUUUCCCUUCGUAGAUCUAGACAUAAAGUAUUAUGACCUUGGCCUUCCUAAUCGUGAUGCGACUGAUGAUAAAGUCACCAUAGAAAGUGCCGAAGCGACCCUCAAGUACAAUGUUGCAAUUAAGUGUGCCACCAUUACUCCAGAUGAGGCUCGAAUGAAGGAGUUUACCUUGAAAAGCAUGUGGAAGAGUCCGAAUGGGACAAUCAGGAAUAUAUUGAACGGCACCGUUUUUAGAGAACCAAUUCUUUGCAAAAACAUCCCCAAGCUAAUUCCAGGAUGGACAAAGCCGAUAUGCAUCGGAAGGCAUGCAUUUGGUGAUCAGUACAAAGCUACUGAUGCAGUUAUUAAAGGACCUGGGAAGCUGAAGAUGGUGUUUGUUCCUGAAGGAGAAGGUGAAAAGACGGAGUUGGAGGUUUACAACUUCACUGGUGCUGGAGGGGUAGCUUUGUCAAUGUACAACACUGACGAGUCCAUUCGUGCUUUUGCUGAGGCCUCAAUGAACACAGCUUAUGAGAAAAAGUGGCCACUCUAUCUUAGCACAAAGAAUACCAUUCUUAAGAAAUAUGAUGGAAGAUUCAAGGACAUAUUUCAAGAAGUCUAUGAGAGCAACUGGAAGUCAAAGUUUGAGGCUGCUGGGAUAUGGUAUGAACACCGUCUCAUUGAUGAUAUGGUUGCUUAUGCUCUUAAGAGUGAUGGAGGUUACGUAUGGGCAUGCAAAAACUAUGAUGGUGAUGUGCAAAGUGAUAUGUUAGCACAAGGGUUCGGAUCUCUUGGAUUGAUGACAUCAGUCUUGGUGUGUCCUGAUGGGAAGACCAUUGAAGCUGAGGCAGCCCAUGGCACUGUAACGCGUCACUACAGGGUGCACCAAAAGGGAGGGGAAACCAGCACAAAUAGCAUAGCCUCAAUCUUUGCUUGGACACGGGGGCUCGCCCACAGGGCAAAGUUAGACAACAACUCUAAGCUUUUGGAAUUCACUGAGAAGCUGGAAGCAGCAUGUAUUGGAACUGUUGAAUCUGGGAAAAUGACAAAGGAUCUUGCACUCAUUAUUCAUGGAUCCAAGCUGAGUAGGGAGCACUAUUUGAACACGGAAGAAUUUAUCGACUCUGUAGCAAGCGAGCUGAAAGCAAGACUUGUGGGCAAAUCAUCACUGUAAGGUGACAGUUGAGAGUAAUGGUACAUGAGGAAGAUUUAUGUGGUAUGGUUGUGUUUAAUCGUCCUUCAUUUGUGUACUCUUAUCUAUUUCUGGAAUUAGGUUCUUUGUUUGAUUGAAUUCAGGAAAGCUACACAUAGACAUCACCAUGGUUAUGCUUAUGGUCAUUUGAAGGAUUUGUUUCAUAUUUUUAUCAAAGGGACCUAGUUUCAUCAAUUUCAGUCU